AUGUUCGUGCUCCUUAUUGUAUACCUUAUUGGUAUUGCGGCUCAGUCAAACAUUCCCAAAGAAGGAAGCACUCAAGGUCAAUAUCUUUUCUUGAAUUCAUUAUUCACAGCACAACAGACAACAGUUGCCGUUAUUCAAAGUGAACUGUUUGAACCAACAUCACGUGCUGGUCGUUGUAUAACAUUUUGGUAUGUUAUGCGUGGUAGUCAAUUAGGUCGUGUUGAUCUUAAUAUUACAACUACACAAGGAACAAAUAUGAUAUGGUCAUUUGGUACUGUUGAUCAAGGUGAAUCAUGGCAUUUUGCUUCAGUUGGUUACUAUUCAGAUGUUGCACAUUUUAUUGUUGUCGAAGGAACUGUUACUGCACAAAUGCAAGGUUAUUAUGCAAUUGAUGAUAUUGAUAUUCGUGAUAGUUAUUGUGGAACAAAUCCAACAAAUGCAGCUGUAACUAUUUUAACAACACCUGCAACUGUAACUCGACCAACAACAGCAUUUCAAAUUCCAAGUAUUUAUGAUUGUACAUUUGAAACUGAUUUUUGUUCAUGGACACAUCUUUCUGAUGCUAAACUUAACUGGACUCGAAAUCAAGGUUCUACUGGAACAUUUGAAACUGGUCCUCUAUUUGAUGUAACAACACAUACAGACAAAGGCUGGUAUAUUUAUCUUGAAACAUCUUAUCCAGUAGAAUUAAAUGAUACAGCAAGAUUAAAAUCACCAUCGAUUGCUGGUUCAACAACAAAAUGUUUUGAAUUUUGGUAUCACAUGAAUGGACCUGAUAUAAAUCGUUUAGAUGUAUUAACUAUCGAUUCAUCAAAUGUCGAAACAACUGUCUGGUCACGUGAAGGUUCACAAGGAAAUGUUUGGCGUUUAGGAAAAGUUAAAUUAAAUGAUAUUACUGAUGAAUAUAGUAUUAUUCUUCAAGGUGUUGCUGGUAGUAGUUUUCAAGGUGAUAUUGCAUUAGACAAUCUUCAAUUAAUUGAUGGCAAUUGUCCAAGUGAUUACCCAUUAGAAUGUGAUUUUGAUGAUGAAGGUAUAUGUGGUUUUACACAUGAUAUAACUGCACAACAUCGAUGGAUUAGAAAUAAAGGUUCAACACCUAGUACAUUGAGCGGACCAACUGUCGAUCAUACUACAAUGACUAGUAGUGGAUAUUACAUGUAUUUUCCAAGUGCUAAUACAGCUCGUGCAGGUGAAAAAGCUCGAUUAAUAUCUCCAUGGAUGAAUAAUACAGAUGGACAAUGUCUUUCAUUUUGGUAUCAUAGUUAUGGUGUUGAUGUUGGUGCAUUAACAGUUUAUAAACGCUUACAAUCAUCAGAUGAUUUAUAUCCAAUGUGGAAAAUUAAUUAUAAUUUUGGUGAUGUAUGGAAUGCAGCAGAGAUAACAAUACGAAACACGGAUGAACCAUGGGCUAUUGAAUUUGAAGGUGAAUAUGGUAUUGGAUAUUUUGGUGAUUUAGCUCUUGAUGAUAUCGUUAUUAAAAAUGGUGCAUGUCAACCAAUCGGUUCAUGUUCAUUUGAAUCAAUUGAUUUCUGUACUUGGCAUAAUGUUCGUCCACCAGCAGAUGACUUUGAUUGGCUUGUUGCACAUGGUGAAACAGAUUCAGCAUUUACUGGACCAACAGUUGAUCAUACAUUUAAUGAUCAAUUUGGUUAUUAUGCAUUCAUUGAGGCAUCACAUCCACGACAAAAUAAUGAUCGUGCUGUUCUUGAAUCAACUGUACUUAUGCCAACAUCAACAAUUGGUUAUUGUUUUUCAUUUUGGUAUCAUAUGUACGGAGAAAUUGGUACAUUGAAUGUUUUUAUUCAAAGUGUUAAAGCAAAAGAACCAUUAUGGAUUUGGACACAAAGCGGAAAUAAAGGUGAUGAAUGGUUAAAUGGUCAAGUUACUAUUCGUUCAAGUUUAUAUUAUCGAUUACAAAUUGAAGGAGUCAUUGGUACAUCAUUUCAAGGUGAUGCAGCUAUUGAUGAUCUUCGUGUUUUUGAAAAUCCAUGUACAUUAACACCAUCAAAUGCUGAUCCAUCAUUACUUCCACCAAGUACAACAACAACAACAGCAGCAACUGUAACAGUUGCACCAGGCCCAUAUGAUUGUACAUUUGAAAAUGAUGUAUGUACUGGUUGGGAAAAUAUGGCAAAUAAUCGAUUUAAUUGGGCACGAGUACAAGGUUCAGCUGUACCAGCACCAGAAAUCGAUCAUACAACAGGUACUCGAGAAGGUUAUUUCAUGCAAGCUGUUUUAAAUCAACGUCCAGCAAAUGAUUAUGCUCGUUUGAAGAGUCCUCUACUUAAUGAUGUACAAUGUAUGACAUUCUAUUAUCAUAUAUAUGGACAUGGUGGUACUCUCAAUCUUUAUAUGGCUUUGGGUGAUAAUUUAGGUAUACAAUUAUGGACACGUAAAGGUUCACAAGGAGAUGUAUGGCGUUUUGGACGACUGUCAACAAAUAAAAAUAAUGCCAAUGUUGUUUUUGAAGCUAUUGCUGAUGCAAAUGCUAUUGGUGAUGUAUCUAUUGAUGAUGUUAGAUUUUCACCUGGUGCAUGUAAAGAAAGUGCUGCUAUUGGCGAAUCCUGUACAUUUACUGAUUAUACUCAAUGUGGUUUUACACAAAAUACUACUGGUUCAUCUUUACAAUGGCAAACAUUUGGUGGUGGUGAUAGUCAAUUACGUACAACAGCAAUUCCAUUUGAUCAUACAACUGGUACAAAUCGUGGUUCAUAUAUAUAUAUUGAUUUUGAGAAUCGUGGUGAAAAUCUUAGAGGACAUCUUUAUUCACCAGUAUAUGAAUCAACAAAGAAUCAAUCAUAUUGUGUCGAAUUUUAUUAUGUACUUACUGGUGCAAAUAUAACACUCAAUGUAUCAACUGAAAGUAGUACUGGAACACAACGAAACAUAUUUACACGAAAUUAUGAUCAUGGAUUAACAUGGAUUAAAGGUGAAGCAACAAUAACUAUAACUAGUCAAUUUCGAAUUAUUUUCGAAGCAAUAAGUGGUAACUUUCGACAAGGUUUUAUCGCACUUGAUGAUUAUCAAUAUCAUUCUGGUGAAUGUAGUUUUCGUUCAAAUGAAUGUACAUUCGAUGAUGGUUCAUUAUGUUCAUGGACAAAUGCAGCAGAUAAUCAAUUUGAUUGGCUUGUUCAUAAAGGACAAACAUUAACGUAUGCCACUGGACCAAAUGGAGAUCAUACAUCUGGAAAUGGUUAUUAUAUAUAUAUUGAAACAUCUUCACCGGCUCAACCAGGAUGGAAAGCUCGAUUAGAAUCCGAAAUUUUUGUUGAUAAUCGUCCAAGAUGUUUUUCAUUUUGGUAUCAUAUGUUUGGAGAUGAUAUUGGGCGUUUAAAUAUUUAUUUACGUUCAUUAGAAGUAAAUAAUUUUACUACUGACUCAUUAGUAUGGGUAUUAGCUGGACCUCAAUCAAAUAGUUGGAGACAUGCUCUAGCACCUAUUCAACCAAAUGGUCGAUAUCAAAUUAUUAUUGAAGGUAUCUGUGGAAAAAGUUUUGAAGGUGAUAUUGCUGUUGAUGACAUUGGAGUUUUGUCAGUCGAAACAUGUCAAUUACAACCAGUUGAUGCUGAUCCAAUUCAAGUAUCUCAACAAGCAAUAGCUUGUGGAUUUGAACAAAACUUUUGUCAAUGGCAACAUGAUACAACUGGAAAAUUUAAUUGGACUAGACAUACAGAAAGUACACCAUCGACAGAUACUGGUCCAACUUCAGGUGCAGAUAAUUCACCAUAUUAUAUCUAUAUUGAAUCAAGUUAUCCACAAAAUGAAGGUGAUCGUGCUGGUAUCAUUUCACCAGUAAUAACAAAACCAAGAUCAUCUAUGUGCUUUCAAUUCUAUUUUCAUAUGUGGGGUGCAACUAUUGGUUCAUUACAAAUAUCAGCUAUGCUAAAUACACCUACUGGUCAACAAAAAAUGUUACUUUGGGAACGUAAUGAAACACAAGCAAAAGAAUGGCGUCAAGGACAUAUUAAUUUACGUGAUAUUCCAUAUGAUUUUGCAAUGAAAAUUGAUGGUUUUGUUGGAAAUGGAUUUGAAGGAGAUAUUGCAGUUGAUGAAUUAUUUUUACUUGAUGGUGAAUGUCCACCUUCGAUUUGGUGCGAUUUUGAAACAUCUUUUUGUGGAUGGUCAAAUGAUACAACUGGUGAUUUUUACUGGACACGUACACAAAAAGCAACAGAUUCAAUUGGUACUGGACCAACAACAGAUCAUACCACUGGAACUGAUCGUGGUUAUUAUCUUUAUAUUGAAACAUCUUCACCUACAAAAACUGGUGACAAAGCACGAAUUGUCAGUCCAACAUAUUCUCCAUCAUCAUCGGUAUGUUUGAAAUUUUUCUAUCAUAUGUACGGACCAUCAAUUGGUACAUUAAAUGUUAUUAUGGCUACUACAAAACAAUUAUUAUGGACAAAGAGUGGUAAUCUUGGUAAUCGAUGGCGUUAUGGACAUGUAACUGUACGUAGUAAUAGUCCAUAUCAAGUAGCAUUUGAAGGAGUUGUCGGUUCAAGUUUUCAAGGUGACAUUGCUAUUGAUGAUAUUCUUAUAGCAAAUGGAGCAUGUGAAGAAGAAGGAAGUUGUAAUUUUGAAGAUGGAACAUUUUGUGGAUUUUACAAUCCAAGAGAAGAAGAUGAUUUUGAUUGGACACUUAAUCAAGGUGAAACAUUUUCAGAUGACACUGGACCAAAUGUUGAUCAUACAACAGGAACAGGUGCUGGUUAUUAUGCUUAUAUUGAAUCAUCAUAUCCGCAACUACUCGGACAUAAAGCAUGGUUAGUUAGUGAAAUUAUUGAAUCACCAAAAGGUGCUUGUCUUGAUUUUUGGUAUCAUAUGAAAGGACAAACAACGGGUAACAUGACAGUCUUUUAUCGAGUCUUAGAUAAAGCUCCAGCUUCAUUAUGGUUUCAAGAAGGUGAUCAAGGUGAUCGUUGGAUAAAUGCUAAAGUUGAUAUACCAGUAACAAAUGAUCAUUAUGAUUUCAUUUUUCAAGGUGUUGUGGGUGAUGGUCAUCAAUCGGAUAUAGCACUUGAUGAUGUUAGUUUAGGACAAGGUGGUAAUUGUGCUUUUCUUGCAUCAACAACUCAAGCACCUGUAACACAACCAUCAGCUGCAUUUGAAUGGGAUUUUGAAGAUGGCACAUUAGGUGAUUGGCAACAAGAAGAACAAGCACCAUGGGUAGUUGCAAGUGGUCAAACAGCUGUAUAUGGUAAAGCACCAUUAGCUGAUCAUACAAGACAAAAUGUUCUUGGAAAAUAUGCUUAUGUACCAAUUGACGCAACUGGUGGUCCAAUUUAUUAUUCUACAAUUGGUAUUCGUUCAAUACCAAGAGGUGUUCCAUAUUGUCUUGAUUUUUGGUAUCAAGCAUUUAUUUCCAGUGAUACAGUACUUAAUGUUUAUAUGCAAAAUGGAACAGCAGAACAUACUAAUAUUUGGCGUCGACCUGGAACAACAGCACGUGAUCAAUGGACACAUUCAUCAGUUAAUCUUGGAGUAAAUCAUGGUACAGCACAUUUAAGUAUUUCAGCUGCUGUUGUACCUCGUUCAACUGGUUAUGUUGCUAUCGAUGAUGUAAGAAUACUUAAUGGUGCUUGUCCAUCUGCACGUGUCUGCGAUUUCGAAGAUGAUUCAAUAUGUGGUUAUCAAAAUGAUGCUACAGCUGAUUUUACAUGGUCAAGACAUAAAGGUUCAACUUCAUCAUCAACAACUGGCGCUACAAAUGAUCAUACGUAUGGAACUAAUUUUGGUUAUUAUAUGUAUAUUGAAACAAGUGCUCCACAAAAAACAGGUGAUAAAGCUCGUCUUAUUUCUCCUGAAUAUGAUGUUGCAGCUGGUGGUUCAUGUUUACAAUUUUUCUAUCAUAUGUGGGGUGACAGUACUGGUGCAUUUAAUGUUUACCUUAAAGUUGGUGCAAAUUUUGAAGCUCGUCCAUUAUGGGCACUUAGUGGCGAUCAAGGUGAUUUCUGGCGACCAGCUCGUGCAACAAUACAAACAUCAGGAAAAUUUCAAGUCGUAUUCGAAGGUGUAGUUGGUCCAAGUUUUACUGGUGAUAUCUCAUUAGAUGAUAUUACAAUAUCACCAGGUGCAUGUCCUGCAUCAGGUUCAUGUACAUUCGAACAAGAUCUAUGUACUUGGACACCAUCAUCUAGACCAAAUGAUUUCGAUUGGUAUCGUUUAUCAUCAAAACAAAUUAGUUUACUUUAUAAUGGUACAGAUUAUCCAUUAACUGAUACAACAGUAAACAAUGCUUAUGGACAUUUUCUUUGGGCUGCAUCCGAUUUUCGAGCAAAUCGUAUUAAUCAAACAUCACAUCUUUAUUCAGAAAUUCUUUUAGCUUAUCAACAUCAAAAUGGUGCAUGUUUAACAUUCAGUUCUUUUCUAACUGGUUCAACAAAAUUAAAUGUUUAUAUACGUCCACGACCAGCUGGUCAAAAUUCUACAUUAUUAUGGUCAUCGAAUGAGGAUGAUAAUCAUGACGUGUGGUUUCAACAACAAAUCGAAAUAUCAAUUAUUGCUAAUGAUUUCGAAAUCUAUUUUGAAGGAAAAUUUGAAGCACCUGGAACUCACGGUUCAAUUGGGUUAGAUGAUAUACAUAUACAUUCAACAGCAUGUUCAGAAAUUGAUACAACACCAUCACCCUCAAUUCCAUUUAAUUGUGGUGAUGGAACUACAGUACCUCAAUCAUUAGUUUGUAAUUUUAUUACUGAUUGCCCCAACGGUCGCGAUGAACAAAAUUGUGCUGAUUGUACAUUUGAACAAGGUACAUGUCAAUGGUUAGAUCUUAGUACUGGUCCUUUCGCAUGGGCGCGUGAUCAAGGUGUAAACGUUGCACCAUCACAUCUCGGUCCAGUUACUGAUCAUACAACUCAUACAGGUCGAGGAUAUUAUAUGUAUGUAAAAUCAAAUGAUGGCUUUUUCUGGGAUGAUGCUAUAUUAGAACUACAACAAGUUCUUCAACCAAGUUCAUCGGGAUGUACAUUAGAAUUUUGGCAUCAUAUGAUCGAUCAUCAAUAUCUUAGUGUUCAUUUAAUUGAAGGUACAGAGACAGUAGAAAUCUGGGAAGAAGAUCAUGGACAUGCUGGUGAUCAAUGGGAUCGUAUUAUUUUACCACUUGGACGUAUUGCACGACCAUGGCGUAUACAAUUUAAAGCAGAAAAAAGUUGGGGUGAUGGUACAGUUGCUAUUGAUGAUAUAAGUUUAAGUGGUUGUCAAUUUCCACCCGUACGACCUAAUUGCACAGAUGAUCAAUUUCGAUGUACACGAGGUGCUUGUAUAGCAAAAGAACGUGUUUGUGAUUUUAGUGAUGAUUGUGGUGAUAAUUCAGAUGAAAUAAAUUGUCAAAAUUAUAUUAUGUGUAGUUUUGAAGAACCAACAGGAAUGUGUAAUUGGGCACAAGAUGAUGAUGAUGAACUUGAUUGGGAACUUGGGCAAGGUGAAACAUCAUCAUUUUUUACAGGACCUAAACGUGAUCAUACACUCGGUUUAUCAAGUGGUCAUUUUAUCUUUUUGGAAGCAUCAUAUCCAGCUGAAGAAGGUGAACGAGCUCGUAUCGCAUCACCUGUUUUAAAUAGUACAGGAUUCUCAUGUGAACUUAGAUUUUAUUGGCAUAUGUAUGGAGACAAUAUUGGUGCACUUAAUGUUUAUACUCGAACAACUUUUGGUGGAGAAAUGGAUAAAAUCUGGUCGAAGGAUUAUAAUGUUGGUGAUUUCUGGAAUCGAGCUGAAAUCGUAUUGAUGGAAAAUGAACCAUUUCAAGUUGUUCUAGAAGCUGUUGUUGGCGAUGGCUAUGGUGGAGAUAUAGCUAUUGAUGAUACAUCAUUUACACCAGCUUGUGGUUUAUCAAAUGUUAAUUUAGUUACUGUUUCAACACCUAAACCAACUACAUCAGCACCAAAUCCUUGCGCAGCUAAUGGUCAAUUUAUGUGUAUUGAAAAUGGUCAAUGUAUUGAUAAGGCGAAAGUUUGUGAUUUUAAAGUUGAUUGUCCAACACCUGGAGGUAGUGAUGAAGCUGAAUGUGGUACAUGUACAUUUGAUAAUAAUAAUGGAACAUUAUGUGGUUGGAAAGAUUACUCAAUUGGAAGUGUCACAUGGGAGUUACGAAAAGGAUCAACGGAUUUUGGACCAUCAGGUGAUCAUACAACAGGCAGUGGAUUUUAUAUUGCUAUGCCACCACACUAUUCAUUUUCAUCAAUUCGUACAGGUGCUAUUGGUCCUACUGCUGUUGAAUGUCAAAUGAGAUUUUGGUACUAUAUGGAGUAUGAAGGUCCAGAUGCUAACAGCAGAAUUAUAGCAUACUAUAGAACAGAAUCGAGCAAUUUUAGUUCAUUCUAUUCGAUUGAUCGAGUUACUGAACCAACUGGACCAAACUGGAAACAAGGUGUUAUCGCUAUUGGAGCUCGAUCACAACGAAUUGCUAUAGAAAUCGAUGGACAUUCAACUGAAAAAAAUGCUGUAGCUAUUGAUGAUAUAGAAUUUCAUAAUUGUCACGUAGGAGAUCCACCUGAACUUGGUUUACCCGUCGAUUGUACAUUUGAACAUGGUUGGUGUAACUUUUUCCAUGAUGAAAGAGCUGACUUUGAAUGGGAACGCACAAAUGAAGCAUCAACAUCAUCAGAUACAGGACCAGGAUUUGAUCACACAACUGGAUCAGGUUAUUAUGUAUUUAUUGAAGCAUCUUUUCCAAGAGUACAAAAUGAUCGUGCAAGAAUUUUCUCUGGAUACCAAAAUCCAUCAGCUACUCCUCGAUGUUUAUCAUUUUGGUACCAUAUGUACGGUGCAGAUAUUGGUACAUUAAAUGUAUAUGUACAAACUUUACCAACGAAUCAAGCUAAUAUUUCAUCAACACUUGUAUGGACUAAAACUGGUACACAAGGUAAUGCAUGGCGACGUGGACAACAAUCUUUACAUGAUUUAAAUACAACUAAUAUGUAUGGUUGGCGUGUUGCAUUUGAAGGUGUUGUUGGAAGGGGUUAUUUGGGUGAUAUUUCACUUGAUGAUAUAUUUCUUAGUCAAGCAGAAUGUCCAGCUAGUCGUACUUGUGAUUUUGAACUUAAUCUAUGCGAUUUUCAACCAGAUCCUGGUAAUAGUUGGGUACGACAACAAGCUACUAAUUUAGCAAAUUUUGUUAAUGAAGAUCAUACAUCAUCAACAUCUCUAGGACAUUUUGCUAUGGCUCAAACUAAUUCAAAACUUCGAAGUCGACAAUAUCCAAAUGCUGGUGAUGAAUGUUUAAGAUUCUGGUAUUUUGUCAAUGGACCAGAUGGAUCUACAGGUCAAAUAAGUGUUGCAAAACAAACUAGUGGUUCAGCAACUGAAACUGCACUUUGGUCAAAUAAUAUUUAUGAAAAUGGAUGGCGUUAUGGACAAGUUUCUAUUAGUGGUGAUCGUAGCCCAUUCACUUACUUAUUUCAAGCAGUAAAAUCUUCUCAAGAUGUUGUUAUUGGUAUCGAUGAUGUUAUUUUAACUCUUGGCUUUUGUAAACCACCAAUAAACUGUGAUUUUGAAGCCAUUGAUCUAUGUAGUUGGACACAAAUGAAAAAUGAUGAUUUUGAUUGGUUAUUACAAACAGGUGCAACAGAAUCAUUUGGUACUGGACCAACUCUUGAUCAUACAACAAAUUCUGCUCAAGGACAUUAUAUUUUUAUUGAAACAUCACAUCCUGCUAAACAAAAUGAUACAGCUCGAAUUAUCAGUGAACAUUUACUAACUGGACAAGGUUGUUUUUCACUUUGGUAUCAUAUGCAUGGUGAAGAUAUUGGUUCAUUAGUUAUUUAUCAAAAUACAAAAUCUACUCCAAUGACUCAAAUAAAUAAAAUUGAUGGUGAACAAGGUGAUCAAUGGAAACAAUUACACACUGAUCUUUCAGUACCUUUACAAAAUAACGAAUGGGUACGAAUUAUAGUUGAAGGUGUUGUCGGACCAGGUUUUCAAGGUGAUAUUUCUAUCGAUGAUAUUACUUGGUCACCUAGUGUUACAUGUUCAGCAGAACAAUCAUCAACAACAACAUCAACUACACCUGGUGUACCAAUAACUUAUCCACCAAGUAUAUAUGAUUGUAAUUUUGAAUGUAAUUGUACAUGUCAAUGGAAACAUGAUGAUACAUUACCAUUUAAAUGGAUUGUUAGAAUGGGUUCAACAUCAAGUUUUGAUACUGGACCUGACUCUGAUCAUACAACAGGAUCAAGAUUCGGUCAUUUUAUAUAUAUUGAAGCAAGUGCGCCAGCUAAACUGAAUGAUACAGCACGUUUGAUCAGUCCUGAUGUAGUUGCUACAAAUGAAGAACAAUGUUUUCGAUUUUAUUAUCAUAUGUUUGGUACAGAUACUUAUCGUCUAAAUAUUUACGCACGAAUCAAUGGUAACCUCGGCAAAGCUCUAUGGCAAAAAGAAGGCAAUCAAGGUAAUCAAUGGUUAUUUGGUCGUAUAGCAUUACGUGGUAAUGUUGAACAAGCUGUCGGUCAACCAUAUCAAUUAGUUUUGGAAGGUAUUGUUGGUAAAGGUUAUCUCGGUGAUAUCAGUAUUGAUGAUGUUGCUCUCAAUCAAGGACCAUGUCCAACAUCAACUGUCUGUGAUUUUGAAAGUAGUGAUUUAUGUGGUUAUGUUAAUGAUCCAUCAAAUACAAUCGAUUGGGCACGUUAUCAAGCUGGCGUUGAUCCAUCUAUACCAGCUGUUGAUGUCAGUUAUGGUUCAACUCAUGGACAUUUUAUGUUCAUAAGACGAAAUGAUACAGUAGUACAAUCAUCAAAUGGUCGUCUAGUAUCAGAAGGUUAUCCAGCUACAGGUGGUUCAUGUAUACGAUGGUAUAUGUUAUUACAAAAUAAAGCAACAUUACGUGUUCGAACAUUAGCAUUGGGUGGUUUGAAUCCAACUAUUCUUCACACUGUUCAUGGUUCUCAAGGUCCUGCAUGGAAAUUUGCUCAAAUAACUGUGCGAAGUGGUUCACCAUAUCAAGUUGUAUUUGAAGGUGUAUUAAAUAAUACAAAUGAUAUCUUAGAUUCAAUCGCUCUUGAUGAUGUUAGUGUACAAUCAGGUGUUUGUGAUGACUUAGGUGCAUGUGAUUUUGAAAAAGGUUUAUGUGGUUAUCAAAAUCAAAUAGCUGAUUUUAAUUGGAAACGAACAUCUUAUAAUAUUGAAUUAUAUAAUGCACCACAAUUUGAUCAUACAGUAAAUACUCAAGCAGGAUUUUAUCUAUGGAUGGAUCGUCGACAAACAAUUGCAGGUAGAAAAUGUCGAAUUGAAUCAGAACUUAUUCCAGUUGAUAUACGUUGUAUAACAUUUUGGUAUUAUAUGAACGUUACAGUUGGUGCUAAAUUAAAUGUUUAUAUACGUGAUCCACGUUCAGAUACUUAUAAUUUACUUUGGUCAAAAGAUCAAGUUCAUGGAUCAUUCUGGGUCUCACAAGAUGUACAAGUUCGACCAAAUAUGACAGUCAAUGGAACAAAUACAUUUACUAUUGUUUUUGAAGGUGUUGUCGGAGCAAUAUCUGGUGAUUUGGCUAUCGAUGAUAUAAGUCAAAAAGUAGGAAACUGUCUAACAACAACACCACCUCCAAAUAUGUAUAGAUGUCUUGAUGGUACAACUAUUCCAAAAGCAAAAGUCUGUGAUUUUAUUGUUGAUUGUAAAGGUGGUGAUGAUGAACGUCUGUGCGGUAAUUGUACAUUUGAUGCAACAUCAAAUCCAUUAUGUGGUUGGAGUGAUGUUAGUAAAGGUACAAUCAUGUGGAAACGCGGUUCAAAUGAAACAUUAGUAGGAGCAGGUCAAGGACCACCAUUUGAUCAUACAUCAUAUAAACCUGAAGGAAAUUACGUUUAUCUAACACCAAGUAAUGGAACAACUCCAGGUGCACCAGCACGUUUUAUAACACCUGUUCUUCGUGAAGCAAGUACAACAUGUCUUCUGGAAUUUUGGGUUUAUCUAACAGGUACUUCGUUGAAUCAAUUAACUGUUAUGUUAUUAACUGGUAAUCAAAUUGAACGAGCAACAUUACAACGAUUUGAAUAUAAAUCUAUGACAAAUUGGACAAAAGUAAAUAUUGAAAUAGGUCGUGUUGAUACACCAUUUCAAAUAGCAAUGGAUUCGAAACGUACUUCAUCAUUCGGAUGGGUUGCAUUUGAUGAUACAAAAUUACUUCAUUGUCAUUUACCACCUAUUGUUCUUGCAACUCAAUGUCAAGCAGCUGACCGAUUUCAUUGUGCACGUGGUUCAUGUAUAGCCAAAGCUCGUAUUUGUGAUAUGACAGAUGAUUGUGGUGAUCAUUCUGAUGAAACAAGUCGUUUGUGUUCAACAUAUCAAACAUGUACAUUUGAUACUUCAUUCUGUGAUUGGACACAUGAUAAUACAACUCAAUUUAAAUGGGAAUUAUUUACAGGUCCAUCACCAUCAGAUGAUACAGGACCAAAUCGUGAUCAUACAACUGGUUAUGCAACAGGUGGAUAUGCUCUUAUUGAAGCAUCCUAUCCACAAGUACCAGGACAUAAAGCACGUUUAAUUAGUCGACCAUUUGAACCAAAAACAAAUCAAUGUAAUAUGGUGUUCUACUAUCAUAUGUUUGGUGCAGAUGUUGGUGAAUUGAAUGUUUAUGUACGAUUUUAUUCUAAUGGUCCACUUGUUAAGAUUUAUGGUAUAUCAGGUGAUCGUGGUAACGUAUGGCUUCGACAUGAAUUAAAAUUAAAUUAUACAACUCCAUUCCAAGUAUUAAUUGAAGGUGUUGUAGGAGGAAGUUUCUUAAGUGAUAUUGGCCUGGAUGAUACAGUGUUUUCACCUGCAUGUGAAGGUUAUUCACAAUCUCAAUUACCUAUAACAACAAUCACAUCAACAGUAGCACCAACACCAUGCCCGGGACCAGAUCAAGUUCAUUGUGCUGGAACUAGUUUAUGUAUCGAUAAAGAUAGAAUCUGUGAUUUUACUGCUGAUUGUCCUGAUGCAUCCGAUGAAGAUGGUUGUGGUCCAUGUAAUUUCGAAAAAGAUAAUUGUGGUUGGGAAGAUGUCUCAUGGAGUUUUUAUUCAUGGUCUCGUGUACAAGCAAGUGAUGCUAUAACAACUUCACAAAAAGCACCUCCUUAUGAUCAUACAUAUAAUAAUCCAUCAGGAUGGUAUAUGCAUGUUGCUGGUGAUAUGGGUGAUUUUUAUGAUCUUGCUGAAUUACGUAGUCCAUCUUUACCUCCAUCAAGUGCUGAAUGUCAAAUUACAUUUUAUUAUUGGCUUGUUGGUAAUAGUACUGGUACACUUGAAUUAUUUUCUUCAACUGCUAGUCAAGCACUUUGGUCUAAAUCGAGUGCACCAGCCAAUCGUUGGAAUCGAGCUACAGUUAAUGUUGGAGCUAAUCGAGUUGGAUGGAAAUUAUUUUUUGAACUUGAACCAAAUCUUGAAUCUUUUGGCGUUUUUACUGAUGAUGUUGCUAUUGACGAUAUCUCAUUUUCUCAAUGUAGUGUCAAUCGAUCACGACAUAUACUUGAAUGUGAUUUUGAAACAGAUUUAUGUUUAUGGGAAACAAAAGGUUUAGCUGAUUUCGAAUGGACACGAGGAUCAUCACAAACAUCAUCACUUGCAACUGGUCCACCCGGUGAUCAUACAACAGGCAAAGGAUAUUAUGUCUAUAUUGAAGCUAGUAUACCACAAAAAGAAGGCGAUCGAGCUCGGCUUCAAAGUCCAUUAGUACCAGCAACAACAUCAAGCUGUCUUAUUUUCUAUUAUCAUAUGUUCGGAGCUGAUAUUGGUACAUUAAAUGUUAUGAUACAAACAUCUGCUUCUAAUUCAACAAUAUAUACACGUAGUGGACCACAUGGAAAUGUAUGGCAAAAAGGAGAAGUAGAUUAUCGAAGUACACUUUCAUAUAAAAUCAUAUUCGAAGGCAUUGUUGGAAAGAGUUGGGAAGGUGAUAUAGCACUUGAUGAUAUCGAUGUUAGUCUUGGCAAUUGUCCAAUAUCAAAUGAAUGUAAUUUUGAACAUGGUUUAUGUGCAGGUUGGGAACAUGAUCCUGAAGGUGAUUUUAAUUGGACUCGUUCUCGAAAUGGUUCAACACCAACUGGUACACCUACUAUUGAUCAUACACUCGGUUCGGCUUUUGGACAUUUUCUAUAUAUUGAUCCAACUGGUCGUUUAACAGGUGAUACAGCUCUUAUUAUGUCACCAAGUUAUAAAGGUAGUCAACCAAGAUGUUUACGUUUAUGGUAUCAUCUUUUUGGAGCUGCACAAGGUACACUACAAAUUCAACAACAACCUGAAAUUGGUCGACCAAAAACUAUAUGGACUAGAACAAAUGAUCAAGAUAAUAUUUGGCGUCAAGUACGUGUUAAUAUUCCACCAUUACUUGGCAUGAGUACAUAUAAAAUUCUUAUUGCUGGUAUCGUUGGCUCAAAACCAACUGGAGAUUUGGCAAUUGAUGAUUUAUCAAAUACUGAAGGAGAAUGUCCUGGCUCAGAAGUUUGUACAUUUCAAGAUGAUUUUUGUACUUGGGUUAACGGACCAAAUAAUAUUGUCGAUGAUUUUGAUUGGUUACGAAAUGCAGGUGGUACACCAAGUUAUGGAACAGGCCCAAGCGUUGAUCAUACAUUUGGAACAGCCGAAGGAAUGUAUAUAUAUAUUGAAGCGAGUGAUACAUUCAAUAAAAAUGCAAAAGCAUGGCUUAUGUCUGAACAUUAUGAACCUGGUCCACAUUGUUUAGUAUUUUAUUAUCAUCUUUAUGGAGAAGAUAUUGGUACAUUAAAUGUAUAUUCACGUAUUGGAAAUAAUAACCUACAACUUCAAUGGAGUUUAAGUGGUGAUCAUGGUGAUGCAUGGCGAAUGGGAGCAGUGAAUGUUAAUAUACCAACAGAAUUUUAUUUUAUUAUUGAAGGUCUUCAUGGCGGAAGUUUUCAAGGUGAUAUGGCUCUUGAUGAUAUACUGGUUCUAACAGGUUCACAAUGUACAAUUCCAACAACAACUACAACAGCUGUACCAACAACUACAGUUGGUCGACAUACACCAUUAUCAUGUAAUUUCGAAAAUGAUACAUGUAGAUGGACAGAUGAUUCAACAGCAUCAGGUAAAUGGUCAAGACAUCAAGGUCAACAAAAUGAUUUUCAUACUGGUCCUCAUUAUGAUCAUACAUUACAAACAGCAGAUGGUUGGUACAUUGAUACAUCAGAUAUGAAGAGUAAUCAAACAGCACGUUUAAUGAGUACAAUGACAUCAAUACCAACUCGUGGUAUAUGCUUCCGAUUUUGGUAUCGUGCUUAUGGUUCAAAACAAGGAAAAUUAAAUCUUUUACAAAAAGCUGCAAAUGGAGUCAAUUCAACUUUAAUUUAUAGUGUACGUCCAAAUCUUGAUAUUGAUUGGCGUGAAGUUAUGGUUUAUCGUGAAACAUUCGGCAAUUAUCAAUUUAUUCUUGAAGCUAUUGUUGGUAAUGUAAUUGCAGAUUCAGAUAAUAUUGCUGUCGAUGAUAUAACAUCAAGUGAAGGUCCAUGUCCAAUGCAACGAUUCUGUGAUUUUGAAUCAUCAGAUAUAUGUGGUUAUACAGAUGAUCCAUCAGGUACUUUUAAUUGGACUCGUAAUCGAGGCACAACAGGUAGUUGGUAUACUGGUCCACCAUAUGAUCAUACAACAUAUACAUCAGAAGGUUAUUACAUGUAUGUUGAAACAAGUCUUCCACGUAAACCAGGAGAUGUUGCUCGUUUAAUCAGUCCAACAUAUCCAGCAUCAAAAGAAUACAAUUGUUUACAAUUUUAUUACCAUCAAUUAGGUGCUGAUGUUGAUAGAUUGAAUGUUUAUAAACGUGAUGUAGGUGGUUCAUUAACACCAACAAAAAUCUUUACCGCAAUAGGAGAUCGUUUUGAUGAAUGGCAUGUUAUGGAAAUCAAUAUUGUACCAGCAAGACCAUUUAAUAUCAUCUUUGAAGGUGUCGUUGGAAAGAGUUUUGAAGGAGAUAUUGCUCUUGACGACGUUUUUCUUAAAGAACGUGCUUGUCCACCAAUAGGAAGUUGUGAUUUUGAACAAGGUAUGUGUACGUAUAAAAAUUCUGAAAAAGAUCGUGAAAUGGAUUGGCUAAGAAUGCGUGGUGAUCCAGGUGAUAAUACAAUUGGAACAAUCUAUGGAACAUAUCUUGCAUUUGAUAUGACAUCAACAACAGUACCAUCUAAUCGUGCUUUACUUGUAUCAGCUGAUCUAGAUAAUACAGCACAAUAUUGUUUUCAAUAUUAUUAUAGACGUCAUGGUGAUGGUCAAGGUACAUUAACAAUCAAUCGACAAUCAUUUGCUAAUUUAACAUCACGUAUUGUAUUGAAAAAACAUGAAAGUACUGAUUUUACAAAUGAAUGGAAAGUUAAUCAAAUCUCACUGACUCCAUUAUUAAAUCAAACAACAAGUGUUUAUCGUUUAUUAUUUGAAGCUAUUAGUGUCAGUGGUGUUGGUCGUUUAAUGCUCGAUGAUUUUGAAUUAAUUCACGGAGCAUGUCCAGCAUUACCAAACAAUUGUUCAAUUCAAUGUGAUACACUAACUGGUACAAAACAAUGUAUACCAACAAGUCAAAUAUGUGAUUUUAAUAAAGAUUGUAUAAAUAAUGAUGAUGAACGUGCAUGUGGUUAUGAUUGUACUUUUGAACGUGAUCAAUGCAAUUAUACUGAUCCAUCUGCAGGUUUAUAUAAAUGGCGACGACAACGUGCUGGCCUUUUGGUUGCUGGUACAACAUCUAGUCCAGGAAUUGAUCAUACAACAUUAUCAGCAAAUGGUUAUUAUAUGAUUGUUUCAACAAAUAAUGGUACAAUUGAUGAACAAGCACAUUUACUUUCACCAACAGUUCAAUCAUCAUCAUCAACAUGUGAAAUGACAUUUUAUUAUCAUAUGUCAGGAGUAAAUGUUGGUCGUCUAGAAGUUUUACUUCUUGAAGGUUUAGAAAGAAGUCGUUUAUGGUCAAUUGAAGGUAAUCAAGGUGAUCGAUGGCAUAAAUCUGUUGUUAAAAUUGGACGUUUAUAUCGUCCAUUCCGAGUUCGUUUUGAUGCACGAAAAACAGCAACAACAUUAGCUGAUAUAACAAUAGAUGAUAUCGAAUGGAAUGGUUGUAAUUUACCAUUACUCAGUAAUGAAACAACAACAUGUGAAAGCAAUCAAUUUCAAUGUAAACGCGGUGGUUGUAUUGAUCAAAAUCGUGUAUGUGAUUAUACAGAUGAUUGUGGUGAUAAGUCUGAUGAAGAUCAAACACUUUGCACAAGACCUAAUGUUAUACCUGGUUGUAAUUUCGAAACAGAUUUAUGUAAAUUUACUAAUGAAUAUGGUACAGCACUUCAAUUUGAACGUGGACAUGCUUUUACAUUAGUUAAUGACUAUGCUCCUGAACGAGAUCAUACAUUAAAUAAUAUAGCUGGUUCAUUUGUUUAUGUUAAUACAAUUGAUCAACCAUCGGAACGUGCAGCAAGAUUAAGAUCAUCAAGAUUGAUUCCAACAGAUGGUUGUAAAGUACGAUUUUAUUAUUAUAUGAAUAGUGCAACAACUGCUGGCGAACUAUCAUUGUAUAUUCGAAACCAAUCGGCAGGAUUACAAACAUAUCUCUGGUCAUCAUCAAAAGUACUUGGUCAUCAUUGGGAAAGACAAGAAGUAUUAAUACCAACAGGAUCAAUACCAACAGGAUCUUUAAUUGAAUUACUUAUCGAAGUUAAAAGUUCAGGUGUUGGUGGUGGUGGUUUUAUAGCAUUAGAUGAUAUAUCAUUUUCAUCACAAUGUAAUAAUUCAAAUGGUUAUCUACCAUACGGAACAACACCUAAACCGAUUGGAACAUCAACACGUCCAUCAUGUCCAUAUCAAUGUAAAGAUGGAACUUGUAUAGCACAAGACAAGCGUUGUAACUUUAUACCGGAUUGUUCACAAGGUGAAGAUGAAGUUGAUUGUGGACAAUGUGAUUUUGAAACAUCAGCAUGUGGUUGGCAAGAUGAAAGUACAGGAUAUUAUAUGUGGGCAAGACGUAAUGCAUCAUCUGUUUCACUUAUGCCUGGUGAUUUGACAACAAAUAAAACAAGUGGUUUUGUAAUGACUGUUGCUGGAGGUUCAGGAUCAUUUGCUGGUAGUAGUCGUCUAGUUUCUCAACGUAUUGCAUCAGCAUCAGGUGCAUGUCAUGUUCAGUUUGGUUUAUAUCGUUAUCGUGAUACAGAAGGUACAUUAUCAUUAUAUCAUGAAGAUGAUUCGAAAUAUACAACAAGACUUUGGACUGAUCCAAAAACAGUCGGUCGAAAUUGGACUAUGGUAACAGUUAGUAUUGGACGAAGACGUGUUGGUUUUCGACUUGUUUUUAUUUCAACACAUCAAGGAUCAACAAUAUCAUCAGAUAUCUCAAUUGAUGAUUUUAAAUUUGUUGAUUGUGAUAUACAUACAGUUGGUCAUUGUGAAGGUUUUAGUGAUCCAUUUAAUUGUUCAAAUGGAAAUUGUAUUCAUCGAGAUAAUUUAUGUGAUUUUAAUGAUGAUUGUGGUGAUAAUAGUGAUGAAACUGUUUGUGACAAUUAUGUUGAAAUGUGUGAUUUUGAAAAUCAUGCUGAACCACUUUGUUCAUGGACACAUGAUAGUGAUGCAGACUUUCAAUGGCAACGUAUCCGUGGUGAACAAAGUAACACUAUAGAUUUUUGGUAUGAUGAUUGGCAAUUCUAUGGGCCUGAUCGUGAUCACACUUUAGGAACACCCAAAGGACAUCUUCUAUUUCUUGAAACAAGUGCACCUCGUAAACCAAAUGAUACAGCACGUGUUAUUAGUCCAGUAUUUGCUGCAACAACUAAUGGUGAAUGUCAAUUUAGAUUCUGGUAUCAUAUGUAUGGUUAUGACAUUGGAGAAUUAAAUAUAUAUACACGUAUUUUUACUGGUGGUCCAUUACAACUAGUUUAUAAACAAAAUGGGUCAAGAGGUGAUGAAUGGCUUCGUCGUAAAGUUGUACUUAAUGUUGCACAACCAUUUCAAGUCGUUAUUGAAGGUGUACGUGGUAGAGGUUAUGAAGGUGAUAUUGGUGUCGAUGAUACAAGUUUUACACCAGGUUGUAAAUUACAAACAACUGCAACAUUACCACCAUUUGUAUAUUCUACAACACAAAGUCCAUAUUGUAAUGCUACACAUUCACAUUGUUUUCAAAAUACUCGUGAAUGUAUACCAAAAGAUCAAUUCUGUAAUUUUAAUAUUGAAUGUACAGAUCAAACAGAUGAAUUAUCAUGUCCAUCAACAUGUACUUUUGAACAGAAAUCAUUAUGUAAUUGGAAAAAUGAUAAUAAACAAAAACUUAAUUGGGAUUUUGGUAGUGGUCAUACUUCAUCAACAAAUACAGGUCCUAGUACAGAUCAUACAACACAUAGUGUUAAUGGUACAUAUAUAUAUUUGGAAACAAGUACAGGUUUUACUGGUGAUAAAGCUCGUCUUAUCAGUCCAAUCUAUCGUAAAUCAUCGAAAACUUGCAUGUUUACAUUCUGGUAUCAUAUGUAUGGUGAUACAAUUGAUACAUUAAAUAUUCAUGUACUUGCUGGUGGUAUUGAUACUUUAAUAUGGUCAUUAAAAGGAAAUCAAGGCAAUGAAUGGUUACAAGGAAUAGCUUAUUUACCAACAUGUGCAUCAGAAUUCAAUAUUAUUGUUGAAGGUAUACGUGGUUCAUCAUUUACUGGUGAUAUAGCUUUAGAUGAUUUCCGUUUUGAUAAAUGUUAUGAAAACGUUCCUCCACCAACAUGCGCACAAGCAGUAUCAGAUCCAAAUCAAUUUAUGUGUCAAAGCAAACAUUGUAUACCAAAAACAAGUACAUGUGAUUAUGAAUUAGAUUGUUGUGAUGGUAGUGAUGAAGAUGAAUUAUUAUGUUAUACAUAUCAACGAUGUGAUUUUGAAGCCGGCUCUUGUUCAUGGGAAAAUUCAAGUGGUAGUGAAUUAAUGUGGGAAAGAUAUCGUGCUAAUGCACUAUCAUUUCAACAUCGACCACCAUAUGAUCAUACAACACGAAGUCUUCUCGGACAUUUCUAUAUGUUACGUACAAAUGCAACAGUUCCAAAAGAUACAUUCGGAGCCAUAUCAACAUAUCUAGCACCAACAGCAGAACGAGGAUGUACAAUGCGUUUCUGGAUAUAUUUUAAGGGUACUAAUAAUGGCGAAUUAGUAGUUGGUUAUCGAUAUGCUAUUGGAGAUACUAUCAUUCCUUUAUUAAUUACUGAUUAUCAAUCAUGUUCUACAAAUGCAACAGUAUGUUCAUGGCAACGUAUUAAUGUUUUAAUAGAUUCAGUUUUAACACAACCAACAGAAAUUAUUAUUGGUGCAAGAACUGGCGCUGAUCGUGAUGCAAUCAUGGCAUUAGAUGAUAUUACAUUUACACCACAAUGUGUUAAAUUUAAUGGAACAAUACCAACAAGACCCCCAACAACACCGACAACACCCUAUACAGGUACUCCAACAACAUCAACUACAACAACUACGACACCAUAUACAGGUACUCCAACAACGUCAACUACAACUACUACGACACCAACCACAACUACAUCUUACAGAGAAUGUGCACAAUAUAUUUGUUAUAAUAAUGGUAUUUGUAAACCAUCACCAACAGAAGUUGGUAAACCAAUUUGCGAAUGUCAACCUGGUUAUACUGGUGCCCAAUGUGAAACUAAAGAACCACAAAAGAAGAGUCAUUUGGGUGGUAUUUUGGGUGGUAUAUUUGGCGCACUUGCAGUUAUUGCUUUGAUUAUAGUUGGAUAUAUCUUUGUCUUACCAAAAAUACGUGCUGCCAGAAGUGGUGAAGCAAGUGCAUUAUUACGUGAAUCAUUACCAAUUGGUCCAAUUACCAAUCCUGCUUACAGUGAAACUGCAGCAAGCAGUGAUGCAUAA